UUACUUCGUUACCGUUACCUAGCACAAAAUAAACUUGCUACUAAAAAUGGCGUCCACUCCACAUGUUGGAUUUGUAGCGCAUGUGCCACCGGACGUUUUCGCUACGGCGUUAUAAAUUCAAACAUACCAACCAAUAUAAUAUAGUUGUCUAUGAUUUAAAUGCCCAGCACGCUCCCAAUCGCAAUCGCUAAUGCUACGUAUGGGGAGUGUUUUGCUACGUCCGCUGAGUGAGACCUAUGGAAGAGCGAGUGAACAAUUAUUUAUGAGUGGGAGAGAUAUUUAUUGAGAGUGUAGAAUUAUAGUUUUGUUUUUAUUGUUAUUAAAAUUAGUAGUGAUGCAGAUAUUUCGAAAUGAUUGAAGUUAGAGCCAAAUUAUUGCGAGGACAUGUUUUUCUUUCGGGUGAAUUUAUCGAGUGCAUCAUAUCCUUUAGCCACCCAGUUACGCCCUCACAUAAAGUUUCACAGUCUCACACAGAUGUUUUUGAAUGUUUAGCAUGGGCUUCUGCUCAAAUUCACUGCCAGUGUUUUACUGAUACCAAAAUCCUAAAAGAUAAGGGAGUCAAUAAGCAUUCUCCAAUUGCAUUGGCAGAUACAUCAUUGGGAACUCUAACGGGGGAAAAUGCGAAACUUGUUUUUUCCACAAAACCUAAAAUACUUUUUUGUGACUUGAGGUUGUGCCCAGGUCAAACCAAAACUUUUGUUUACAAAGAAAAGAUUCCAACAGAUUCACCUCCAUCUUACAGAGGACAACUUGUAAAAUAUUCAUAUAAAAUAGUAAUAGGAACUCAAAAAGUAAAUUGUCCAGUGAAGUUGACAAGACUUCACAUUAGAGUUUUACCUUUACCAGAAACUGUUCUGAGUGAAGGAGGAGCUUUCUGUAAUGAAACUAUAGAAGAAUUAACCCCCACCAAUCCAUUUUUGGAAAUACGCCACAGAGAAAAACCCAUUGAUCUAGCUUUGCAGAGUUUGCAGAACAUAACAGCCAGACGUAAUCCAAACUUUUACAUGAUCUCGAACACAUGGGGACGAGUAGCAAGAUUUUGUUUAUUUAAACCUGCCUACAAGCUAGGAGAAGAUAUUAUUGGUACAUUUGAUUUUACUGUUGCAACAGUUAGUUGCAUGCAGGUAUCAGUAUCUUUACAAUGUGAGGAAGAAACAAUUAUUCGAAACACUGAACAAUCAAAACAAAUCCGAAUAAUUACAUUUAGCAAAUAUCAUGAAGUUUGUUUUGGUUACAAGUACACCCAAUUGGUUCUGCCAAUCCCAUUGCAUGUAACUCCAGCAUUUGGUACUGAUUUAGUGACUUUAAAAUGGAGGCUUCAUUUUGAAUUUGUAACAAGUACAAGUAAAGGCCUUAAUGCACCAGUCCUUGAUGACAACUACUGGCGUGCUCCUUCAGAAGUACCAAUUGAAACAAUGGUUUGGAGUUUGCCAAUUCGAUUGUAUUCCACAGCUCCAAUACAUGUCGCACAGAGUAUUCAAGGAAAUGGUGAUCAAAAGUUAAUAAUUAGAUAACAUUUUGUCUGUGCAAAUGUGUAUAAGUCAAAAAUUUGUUUAUUUCAAUUUUAUACCGAAUUUAUAAAUGUAUAGAAGUGGUAAAAGU